GGGGAACCUCAACUUUGAUCGCGUGUCAAAGGAGAAACUGCACCUUGAAGAUGUUUUUUCUGAUUAGUCUGCAUUUCUGCCGUAAAGGCAAAUCAAGAAAUGGCGCAACAAUGUGUGAUUUGGUUCUCCUUGGACUUGUUGCUUUAAGUUUUACAAAUCCACCCGUGGCAACCAAAAAAGAAUGGAAAGGACAUGGAUCGUCAAAAAAUUUGAAAGAAAUAAUGAUUGGAAGAUGUUUUGACUACCUUGAGAAUGUAAACCCCAGUGCAGGGGUGAAAGACUGUAUAAAGAUUUGGGAAGAAUUUCUGAAGGUAUUUAAUGGCAAAGACCCAUGCAACAUCAAAGAGCAGGAUUAUAACAUUUUUUUGCGCUUGGUAGAACAUGACAUCCCAGUCAGUCAGUCAAUCUUCUGGAGUCAGACCAGGGAAAUCACCUCCGAGUUCAGUGAAAUCACUGCUUCCUAUAUGCCUCUUGAGUCCACCCUGACUGGUUAUUUGGUGGAUGGCUUGAACUGGUGUGGGAGUGGUUCCAUCAACGGACCAAAUUAUGUAUCGUGCCCGAGCUGGAAUGAUUGUGAAAACAAUGCAGUCCGUUCAUUUUGGAGAUCAGCAUCAAAGAUGUAUGCAUCAAAGGCACAAGGAGUGGUGACAGUGAUGCUGAAUGGAUCCUCAACUGCAAACGCUUUCAGAGACACCAGUAUAUUUGCUGAAAUAGAAGUUGGAAAUUUAGACAAGGCGAAGGUCGCCUUAGUUCGUCUUUGGAUCAUCGAUAAUCUUAUGGGACCUGACAUUGAAUCCUGUGGUAGCGGCAGUGUCGGAAAAUUAGAAUUGAUUCUGACGGAGAAAGGAAUAGAGUACGUUUGCGAAGAUAAUCACAGGCCUGUUCAAAUACUGCUGUGCGUUACCAAAGCGGACUCGCCAACCUGCAAGUUAGACCUUGCCCCAUAACUCUAAUGCAUUGCUCACAAAAGGCUUUGACGAGAAACUUCUAGAGCCACUUGCAUAAUGAAUGUCUCAUUAUCCAAGUGUGUAUUGUUAUUGUCAAAUUUUGAGGGGAUUUUAAUUUGAUUUGUAAUUUUGAGAUGUAUGUGUAUACAAUAAAGAAGGGAAUGACAUGUAGACAUGUAACAUAGUUAAUUAUCACAAUAAAUGAAUGUGCUGA